AUGUACAAGCCGAGCAUAGGCAUGGCCCCCGUGUUUUGGUGUGAUUACUACGGCAAAAGACUGCAGAAGUCGGAGGACCUGAGGACCAAUGCGUGCAUCACCUCGGCCGUGCCCCUUCCCAAGGCAGUGAGAGAUGCUCUGAAGCGUGUCCAUGAGGAGGUGGUGGCCAGGUACUAUGGCUGUGGUCUGGUGAUCCCGGAGUGCCUGGUGUUGUGCCGGAUCCUGGACCUGGGCAGCGGCAGCGGCAGAGACUGCUACCUGCUGAGCCAGCUGGUUGGGGAGCGGGGCCAUGUCACCGGGAUAGACAUGACCGAGGGCCAGGUUGAGUUGGCGAAGAAGCACAUUGCCUACCACAUGGACAAGUUUGGCUACCAAAAGCCAAACGUGGAGUUCCUUCAGGGAUACAUGGAGAAGCUGGGUGAUGCCGGGCUGGCUGAUGAGAGCUAUGAUAUUGUCAUCUCCAACUGUGUGAUCAACCUCGCUCCUGACAAGAAGGCUGUGCUGCGGGAGGCUUACCGUGUGCUGAAGCCCGGUGGAGAGAUGUACUUCAGCGAUGUCUACGCUAACCAGCGCCUGAGCGAGACUAUCCAGAAGCACAGGGUGCUGUGGGGGGAGUGCCUGGCGGGAGCCCUGUACUGGAGAGACCUGUACAGCAUCGCCGAGGAGGUGGGGUUCAGCCCCCCGUGCCUGGUCACCGCCAGCCCCAUCACCAUCGGUGACAAGGAGCUGGAGGCCAUCAUUGGCGACAGCCGCUUCGUCUCUGCGACGUACCGCCUAUUCAAGGUGCCAGGUAGCAGCCGGGCCGGGCCGGGCCAGGUCAUCUACAAUGGUGGCAUCGUGGGGCACGAGCGAGAGCUGGUGUUUGACGCCAACUUCACCUUCAAGGAAGGAGAGGCGGUGGAUGUGGACGCUGAGAUGGCCGCGAUCUUGCGGAGCUCUAGGUUUGCGGAGGAAUUCUUGAUCCGAGCCGGCGGGGCCAAUGCUGCUGCACCACAGGGCUGCUGUCGCAAGGGGGUGAAGGAGAAGAUCUGUGAUCCCUUCCAGCUGCUGGAGCAGCUGGCAGCCCCGGCUCCUGCCUGCCGUCCCGGUGGCACCUGUGGUCCCUCGGGGUGCUGCUGAGUGGCAAGCAAUGCCCCCACA